AUCUGGUAUGGUAUUUUAUGGAAUUUUUGCUUCAACUAUUAUUGUAAGUUCUAGAUGAUUAAGAAGUCUAAGUAAAAAGCAAGCAUGUUGGAAUACGAGGUUCAAAUCUUUCUUGAAGUCCUUCAAGAGGAUGGUUUAGUUAUUACAGCUAAAGGCCUUGGAAUAGAAACUGUUUUUACAAGUGUACUGAAAGCGUACUCAGAUCCAGGCAACCUGGUUAUAGUUCUGGGAACCACUGAUCAUGAUGAACGUUAUUUUAUAGAGCUGCUUAAAAGUUAUGGAACAAAUAUGUUACCACGUAUAGUUAAUGCUGAAUGUCCUUCCAACGAAAGGGAAAUCAUGUAUUUGGAAGGUGGAGUGCUAUUUAUAUCGGGUCGUAUCUUGGUAGUGGAUCUACUGAAGAAUCGAGUCCCACUGCACUUGGUCACCGGAAUACUCGUGUACAGAGCUCACAAUAUUCUUAACGCAUAUCAAGAGGCGUUCGCACUGCGCUUGUACAGGCAACACAAUAAGACUGGAUUUAUCAAGGCGUUCUCAAAUUCAUCGCUGGCCUUUACAAUUGGGUGUUCUCAAGUGGAACGAGUCAUGAAAGCUCUUUUCGUAAAAAAACUAUAUUUAUGGCCACGUUUUCACGCCAUCGUAAACAACUGUUUAUCCAAACAUGAGGCUGAUGUUGUAGAGUUGCAUGCAAAGUUCACACCGAAGAUGCUGAACAUCCAAACGGCUUUACUGGAUAUUAUGAAUUUCAUAGUAAAAGAAUUGAAGAGGAUUAAUAAAUACUUAGACUUGGACGACCUAACUACGGAGAAUGCAAUAGCAAAGAAGUUUCACAAGCAGUUGCAUUUGCAAUUAGAUCCAAUCUGGCAUCAGCUUAGUCCCGCGACGAAACAAUUAUUUGCCGAUUUAAAAGUUUUACGAAGUCUCGUUAUAUCUCUGACGCACGAGGAUUCUGUUUCAUUCUACUGCAUGCUGAAUAGUUUACGUACGAUGGAUUAUGCUGUAAAGGCCAGUGGUUGGAUAAUGUUGGAUGAAGCUGAGAAUUUAUUUAAAUACGCCAGGAACAGAGUUUAUACAGAAAGGAACGAACUGAAACCAGAACCGACUCCAAAGUGGAAAGCCUUGUCGGAAGCUGUGCUCGAGAUUCAGGAACAGAGACGUAACAAGAAGGCGAACAAUGAAAGUGUCGAGAAAAUUCUCAUCUUGGUACACGAUAACAAUACAUGUUAUCAAUUGAAAAGUUACCUAACCAUAGGUGCAAACGAGUAUUUACUUUACAAGGCUUUGAAAAAGUUGUCGCACAUUAAAGAGCAAAAGACAAAUGGCAGUGAUAAGAAGAACGCAAAGAAUCAAUCGACAGCUGAGGGUAAUGCGGAUGAAGAAAUGCAAGAAAAUCAAGAUACUUACGUGCUUACAAUGUCGCAGAAAUGCGUAGAAGAUCAGCCAAGCACCUCUGUAGCGAAAAAUCAGACUCUGUUCGAAGAAUGCUCGCAGAUGUUGGAGUUAAACUUGAGCAAUUGCACGACAUCCGUACCUAUCAUAGUUAUACAAGCCAUAAAGAAGGGCGGCGAUCCGAUGACGUUGCAGCGAACAUUGACGGAGUACAUGCCGAACAAUGUUAUUUUGUACGUGGCUGAUAUCGGCACCGUCAGACAGUUAGAGGUGUAUCAGAAUAAUAAUCCGUCGAUAGAUCUGAAAGUAUAUUCUUUAAUUUACGGAGGAUCCGUCGAGGAGCAAGAAUACCUCACUUCUUUGCGACGAGAAAAGGAAGCGUUUCAUUCUUUAAUCAAUACGAAAACCACCAUGGUUGUGCCUGAAGAUCAAGAUGGGAAGUCAGAAGAUUGUCUGGCCCUCGCGAUUCAGUCGAAUAGCACGAAUGAAGAAAGUACACGUAAGGGUGGAACGCAGCCCGAAGUGAUUCAUAAAGUUAUCGUCGAUAUGAGAGAAUUCAGGAGCGAGCUGCCUGCCAUUCUGUACACACGCGGCAUCAAAAUUGAACCAGUGACGUUAGUGGUGGGUGAUUAUAUCCUUACGCCCGAAAUAUGCGUCGAGAGGAAAAGCGUAUCCGAUCUUAUUGGUUCUUUACUUUCUGGAAGAUUGUACAACCAAGCGGUCGCUAUGACAAGGCACUAUGCCAAACCCAUGCUCCUUAUAGAAUUUGAUCAGAACAAACCGUUCAGUUUUCAGGGAAACUACUACGUCAGUAGAGAUCUUAAAAAUACAGAGAUAACAGCAAAGCUACAAUUAUUAACGCUUCAUUUUCCCAAGUUAAAGCUCAUAUGGUCUCCCAAUCCACACGCGACAGCACAGUUGUUCGAAGAAUUAAAGCAAGGUCGAACUCAGCCUGAUUCGAAUAUAGCCGCUAAAAUCGGAGCGGAUGAAAAUACAGAAGAUAAAGAAGUGAUGACAGAAAAAUAUAACCCUCGUAUCCAAGACUUUAUGGCUAAGUUACCAGGUGUGCAUUCGAAAAAUCUACGUAUUUUAUUGAAUAAAGGGCAAUCACUAGAUCACCUUAUCAAACUUACCAAGGAAGAACUAAAAGAAAUACUUCAGAAUGCAAAUGAUGCUGAAUUAUUAUAUAAAGGUCUACAUGAGAAAUGCUUACCAGCAAAUGAAGCAUCAUUAGCUAGCAAAGGUGUUUCUAAAGUACGUGGUAAAAAAAUGUUUACUAGAAUAAAAAAGUAACACAAUGGAUAUAUUGUAAUGAGAUUUUGAGUGUAAUCCAAAAUGUUUUUUAAUGUUCUAAUGCCGUUAAAUAAUAUAGUUAGUUUCUGUUUAUAACAUUUUUAUUUUUUGAUACCUAUAUGCUA